AUGGUAGACAUGCGCCUAUUUUGGCGCUAUCUUGAGUGGGUCGCUCGAACUGAAGCUGACGAUUGGCUUUUUCUAACAAGCCUCAUCACAACGCUCUACCUGCUCUACGUUGCCUGCACAACUGGCGUGCGAUUCAAGAAAAUCAUCGGAUGGGUCUUUCUUGGGUUUGUAGAGUCGAUGGUCUUGUUUAUCCGAGGUAACCGCGAAGGUCUAGACUUAGCAGACAAGCAACGGCUAUUGUUUCUGUGGGCUGGUAGCUGUAAAACCAUGGAGCUCAUCCAUCGGCUGAGACAGAUUGUAGUACGAUCAAUGGCCGAGAUGGCUUUGGUAUUGGUGGACGGUGUUGGUGCCGAGAUGGAACGUAUUGGCACCCUUCAGAGCCCGAUGGACUUUGAAACCAAAUCAUAA